CAAUGUCCUAACAAACAGUCUCUGCUGGACAAUCACAUCAGACGGCUCUCAGUUGGACUUUCAAAAUGGAGGAGAGAGAAAAUUCAGGUGGCACUUUUGAGCCCAGAUACAAGACACUGGUUUCUCCGGAGGAACUGAGUGCAGACAAAAACCCUCUCUACCCAAACCAAGGGCAGCAACAAGUGUCCAUGUCCACAGUGAGACCUAUAUCCAGCCUGAAUCACUACAAAGUGCUUGCAGUGAGCCUGGCAGUGCUCGGUGUCAUCCUGCUAGCAGUCGAUAUUGGCCUGGGAGUCUAUUACCACAAACUAAACGAUGGGGCCCAGAUAGUCACAGACAUCAGCGAUGAGAUGGUCAAACUGCAGACUACUUACCAUAAUGCCGUUCGAAGACGUGAAGAAGUCAAGAGACAACUUGCAAAAGAGGUCAGUGAGCACCAAGUCACUAAGUGGGAGCUCGAACACCAGAGCCGAAGAAGCAAAGACUACGAAAAGCAGGCUGCCAAAAUUCAAAUGGAGAUUGCAGUGUUGAAGUCUCACUUGCCGAUGCUUAAAGAGGGCUGCAGACACUGUUUACCAGGAUGGACGUUCAUGAACUCGGUGUGUUACUACUUGACUCUCUCUGAUACUACUGUGCGCAAAAGUUGGAUGGAUGCCAGAGAGUUCUGCAAAAAGCGAGGUGGUGACUUGGCAGUGAUAGACAGCAGAGAGGAGCACCUAGCACUAGCGGAACUGAUAAAUAAUUACCAUGACUUCACAAGACCCAUUUCCCAGAGUGGCUACUGGAUCGGACUGAGAGAUGUAGAGGAAGAAGGGAUUUGGAAAUGGCUGGAUGGGAAAAGGCUGAUUGAUGGGUACUGGAAUGAAGGAGAACCCAACAACAUUAACAAUGAGGACUGUGCAGCUAUGUAUCCCAGAAACAACCCCUUCAGAGCAUGGAAUGAUGCUCCAUGCAGUUACAACCUAAAAUGGAUUUGUGAAAUGCCACCAAGGACUGUGCUUUAAUGUAAUUAGAAAAAAAAAACAGUCUUUGAGACUCUAACACAUCUUCUGAAUAGUUUUUUAUUGUACUGUUGAGACUACAAAAUAGCAAGAAACUUUUAAAUACGAAAAAUACAUCUGAUUUAUGAAACAAACUAGAAAUUGUAUGUGAAUUAAUUUACUAUAUCUUUAUCUUUACAAUGUACAUAUGCAGUUCUGUACAAAUCUGUACACUAGAUUGCCAGUUUAUCAGGAACACCUCCACCUUCAUAUACAUUUGAAAAUCACCAUGACAUGGGCCGUAAAAACUACUUAGUGCUAACUUAAAUUCGGUAAUCAGGCGCUUUAGCUCUAGCAAUUCCCAAACUGCGGUCAUCUUUUCACACCCUACUGUUCCAGAGUUUUACAGUGAGGUGCGAAAAGCAAAGAACCACCAGUGAUCAGUGAUUCUGAGCACAGCAUGUCUACAACAGCUUGUGGAUUAAAGAGGUCAAAAGAGAACGACCAGUCACAUCCAGACUCAAUGUUGGAAUGCAAAAUUUAAUCUGGACAUUCACUACGCUUUACUGUAUCCAAUAGAAUAUAACAUGCCUACCUUAUAAGCUGGCAGUUUAGUGUAAUUGUACCAUUCAAUAAAUAAACAUAAACCCUU